CCCCCCCAAUACCCUUCUUUCUUUUCUCUGUUUACAACUCUUCUAGUGAACUAAAGCUCUUGUUUAACUAUAGUUGUGAUUUUUAAAACUUGAAGUUGUAUUUGGACAUGUAGUUUUCUUGAAAAAAUUUGAACUUUUGUUAGUGGGGAAGAUAAAUUUGAUUUUUUUAUUGAUUAAGGCCAAAAGCUAGUUCUGUGGUUCUUUCUUUGUUGCAUUCAGAUAUUGAUGUUUGUUUGUAUUUGUUUAUCAAUUUUUGGCUUGAUAAAUUGUCUCUAUUCAGUCUCUGUUCUUUGUUUCCACUUUAUGUUGAGUUAACAAUUUAUAGAUUUAUGCACAACUUGGUUUUAUAGGACAACUAGUUGUUUAUAGCAAUUUGCUGGCUCUGUGUAAGACUGUUGUUAUCAUUUUGUCAAUUAUAAGGCUGAAAUUUAAGAUGUUGAAGAAAAAAGGGUGUGAUUUUAGCCUUUUGGGAUGUCUCAAAAUGUUAAAAAAACCAUGAAAGUUCUUUUUUUAAACUGUUUAGACUUAUACCGAGAAUGUUCUAAAUUUGUCAUAUUUAUCUGGUACUCUUAUUGAAAACUGUGAUUUGAUCAUUCUGUGAAUAAACUUCUGUACUGAGAUUUUUAGGACUUGAACAUUUUAUGCAGAUGGCGUACAUAUGACCACUUUUGGAAGUAUAGAUGGCAGAGUUACUUCAAUUGGUCAACACUGUUAUGAUCUUGCUGAUCAAGCCUUUGUCACUUGUCAAAUUCACUUGCUUCUUCGGUGUGAGAACAAUUUGCAUUGUUAUCCAAACAUGGACAGAACUGCUGAGAGCUGCUAUGGGUUUUCAUGCCAGAUUACUCUGGAAACUGACAAUUUGGGCUAUUGCUGUUCUAUCCCUGCCUAUACGAAGUUUAACUGCUCUACAAAGGGAAAGGGCGCUGGAGAUGCAUCUGCAGGAAAUGCAGAUCGAGUUUGAAAAUCUUGUUUGGGAAAGGAAGCAACUUGAGAAGAAAAUACUAGUAGCCAUCAAGGAUAAAAAGAUAAUGCAGGCCAUGUUAGCAGAACUCGAGGAUGAACAUGACGAUGCCAUCGUCAAAAUUGAGCAAUUGGAGGACCAGCUUAAGAAUCUGAAGGUGGAAAAUCAACGAUUGAAUGAAGUUCAUGGUAAAGCACUUUCAGACCUUGAAGACCAUUUUGAUGGCCCAGUAAUGCAAGGCUGUAGCGAUGCUGUUCCAUUUUGGAGAUCAAGUGGCAUUGAGAGCGUGGCCAUACACAAGGAAGGAAUGCAAGAAGAUAACAGCAAAAACGGAAGUACGAGCUCUGAAUUUGUGGAAGCCAGAUCCUGUCGAGAUGUCAACAGGCCACGUACUCAGACUACGUUUGAGUAUUUUGACACAAAUGAUGUGCUACAACAACGAAGGGAUCUAGCUGUUUACCAGACCCUUUUUAGUGCAAUAUUAUCGCUCUUAGUUGGAACGAUCAUAUGGAAAGCUGAAGAUGCAUGCAUGCCUCUAGUCCUCGCGCUAUUUGCUGUCGUUGUCAUGUCGUUGUGGAGUGUGGUCCAGUUCUUCUCGACUAUUAGGAACAGACCUGCGUCUGAUGCAGUUGCUCUGUUGAGCUUCAAUUGGUUUUUGCUCGGAACACUGACAUAUCCUACGUUGCCAAGGAUCACCCCUGUAUUUGCACCAGUGUUAUGGACUCUCUCAGACAGGGCUGUGGAGCUGCUAGGUUUCUGAAUCUUUUGAGUUUUUUUGCUUUUCGCAGUCUGACACAUACUACACACUGUUUCUGGUCCUGUUGAUGCGUGUAAACUAAAAGUUUAUCAAAUGUUUGUUCUUUUUGGGGUUUUGUCUUGUAAAUUUCUCCUGAAGGAGAUAGGUUUUGCUUAAACAGUUGUGUUAUUGAUGUCAUGGAUGAUAAGUAAAUGUAUAAUAUCCGUCUUUAUUA